GAUUUGGCCCACUCGAUUAAAAAAAAACAAUCAGCCUCACGGGUUCAUCAUCACCGCACUCACCUCCGCCCGCCGCGCCGCCCCCCUUGAUCCCAGAUUUCCCGGAGCCCCGGCGCCCAUGGGGACCGCCACGGCGGCGCGCCGGCGCGGGGUGCUGGACCUGGAGGCGCAGUUCGCCUUCUUCCGGUCGCAGCACCGGCACCCCGUGAACGCGGCGGCGCACGCGCUACUCACCUGGCCCAUCCUCUUCACCAACCUCCUCAUCCUCCGCUUCCUGCCGCUGCCGCUGCCGCCGCCGCUCGACCCCGCGCUCGCGCUCGCGCUCGCCUACGCCGCCGCCUACCUCGCCGUCGACCGCCGCGCCGGCGCGCUCGCGGGGCUGCUCUUCCUCGCCGCCUGGGCCGCCAGCCGCGCCCUCGCCGCCCGCCUCGGCUUCGCGGCCUCCUGGCGGCUCGUCCUCGUCACGCAGCUCUUCUGCUGGACCUGGCAGUUCCUCGGCCACGGCCUCUUCGAGAAGAAGGGGCCGACUGUGAGUGAGCUCCCUGAGGUGUUCUUGAUGGAGCCAUUCCUCAUCUUCCUGCAGAUACUGAACAAGCUGUUUGCCUACGAGCCAUACCCUGGGUUCUGCAAGAACGUGGACAAGAAGAUGGAGGCUGAUCUCAGGGACAGCAGAGAGCUCGAGCAGAGGAAGAUCAACUGAUUGAUCGGUUAUUCGGUAUUGAUCGACCGACUCUGCGCCCAAGUUCUAUCAUCUAUACAUGUAGCAUGGUGCCUAGCAUCUGUGUUGUUGUCUACUUGUCUGUCAUACCAUUGUAGAAUGGUAAACAGGGCAUAGCAGCCUUGUGGGUUGUGUUCAUUUUAAAUCCCUACAUAUUGGCAUGAACAAGGUUACAAGAUACAUAGUGGGUUUAGAUGCUCUGCGUAUUCGUGCAAGAAUCUUUGUCAGGCAUUUCAUUGAACAUACUAUGAGCUACAUAUUUACAUUGAACAA